AUGGCUUCUUUUUCUUCACGUAAACGUGUUACGCUAUCUCUAAAGCGAAAAAUCGAAAUGAUUGACUGUGUUGAAAGGGGAGGGAAAAAGAAGGACAUCGCCAGUGACUUCGGCAUCGCACCAAGUAGUGUUUCAACAACAGUUCGGGACAAGGACAGGUACAGACAACUUUUCUACGAAGGGCACACUGAUCUGAGUAAGAAACGCGCUAGACCUGCUAAGCACGAGGAUGUCGAAGAAACGCUGUUGAGGUUUAAGAAACGCCAUUCGAUCACAUGUAAGUCAAUGUGCGGAGAAAGAGCGGCAGUUGACGAUGAAGUUACUGAUUCAUGGGUGACGGACGUGUUGCAUUCAGUUCUUGCAAGCAAGAAAUCAAAGGAGAGAAUAACAGCAAUGGUGUGCACCAAUAUGGAUGGGUCAGAAAAAUGGCCAUUACUGGUGAUUGGCAAGUUCAAAAACCCAAGGUGUUUCAAACGGAUUAGGAAACUCCCUACUGAAUAUGAAGCCAACGAAACGAGCAUGGAUGACUGCCAUGUGGCUGGUCUCAAAGCUACAGAGCCUCUGUUUCUUCCUCCUAACGCUACUGCCAAGCUUCAACUUUGUGGUUGUGGAAUAAUAAAGAAUUUAAAGACUCACUACAGAUCUCUCAUGCUUCGUCAGUUACUGCAGCAUCUUGACUCAGGUUCCAAAACAGCAGAAUUUUCCAUAAAUCUUUUUGAUGCACUGACACUGCUAAGGAUGGCGUGGGACUCAGUCACUAUGGCCACAGUGGAGAACUGCUAUAAAAAAGCAGGAUUCCACAGAGACAGUGCCACCACAGAUGUUGAAACAGAUGAGCCAAGUGUCAUGGCUCUUGUUGAGGGUCUUCUAGACAAAGGUCUAAUUAACAGUUCUUUUGCUGCAGACGACUUCUUUAAUGUUGAUUCAGAAGUGUUGGUAUUUCCUGCAAUAACUGUAGCUGAAGUAGUUAGCAGUCUGCAGCAUUCAGCAGAAGCAGACAACCCAACCUUUCCACAGAAGAUGGUUCAGAAGAUGACUGUGCCCAUCCAUUUUCCAACAGGUAAUGGAAGAGUUUUUGCAGAGCCUAGACGGUGUGGUGGUGUACCUGGACGACAUCUGAGAUACAGGAAGGAGCCGGAGGAGCACCAUCAGCGUCCACAGGGAAAACUACCUCUACAAUCAGACGUAUGA